CCCAGUUAUUAGUGUGAAGAGAGUGAACUCUCAGAUUUAACAAAACUAUAGCCGACACUUUCGAGUACACACUUGAGUCUACUGAAAUCGAUUCAUGAGAGCUCAGAUUUGGUGUUAGCUUCACAACUACGCAAGGUUACUGAGUUUAGUUUAUAUCUGAGAUCGAGAUGAAGGAGGACGAUGCGUUGCCGACGACGACGGCUACAGGUACGGCGACGGGAACAGCUAUGGCGAAUUCGAAGAAGGAGAACUCUGACUCGAUCUUGUUUGGAAGAGGUCGAUACAAGUUCUGGGCGUUUGGUGCGAUUUUGCUUUUGGCUUUUUGGUCCAUGUUUACUGGCACCGUGACUCUCCGGUUAACCACCGGGAAUCUAAACCGGUUCUCUGAAGAUCUCGGGAUUCCAAACUACGAUAACCUCGACGUUCUGGAAAUGGAAGAGAGGGAGAAAGUGGUGAAGCAUAUGUGGGAUGUGUAUACGAGUAGUCGUCGGAUCAAAUUGCCUAGAUUUUGGCAAGAGGCUUUUGUAGCUGCUUAUGAAGAACUCACUAGUGAUGUCCCUGGGGUUAGAGAGGCUGCUAUUGGUGAAAUCGCCAAGAUGUCGGUUCAGUCUAUUACUAUUGAUCCUCCUCCUUCCAGAUCAAUGAACGCAAGGGAUUUGGGAAGAAACUUGAAGAGAAUUCUACACAAGCCAGCAACAAGUAGCUGAUUAUGGUAUUGGUAUUACACGUUUUACAUGUAAACCUCCGAUCAUAUGGAGCCAAAAGAUGACCUACCAAAUGGAUAGUUCAAUUUGUAAUAUUAAAUUUCUUGUUUCGAGAUCAAUUUACAUUCUAUGAUUCUAUCGAUUGAUAAUUACAUAGAGCUAUAUAAGAAACAAUACAUUUCUUCUA